UCUUUUCUUUUUCUUGAUACUAUUAGCUUAUAGUCCCACUAUUUUAUCUUGUACACCCACAGUUUUAAGCGUCAAGCUCAAGUUCUCACCCACUUUAUUCUUAUUUUCUCCCUUAAUCUAUUCACUAUCCAGUACCUAGUUUUUUCUCUGGUCACAAGCACGCACACGUCCCUUUUUCAUCAGUCCUGUUUUGCCUAAAUAACAUCUAUUGUUGGUUCUCCCUCUCCAUAUUAAAACAAGACAACCUUUGCCAGGAAAAUAAAGAUCAUAUUCUUGAUGGGGUUCUUAGAGGCAAGUCUAGAUGACCGGUUGCCACCAGUAGUUGAGGCACCACCAGCAGUUGAGGCACCACCAGCAGUGGCGGAUCCAAGUUGCUAUCCACGUCGAUCCAUAGAAACACUGGUGGUUGUACUAGCUGUGAUCACUAUAGUAUGUGUUAUUGCAGGGAUUAUUGCUCGGCUGUGUGGUGGACGGCAUUUUGGCAGCAAUGGGGAGCAUGACAUAGAAGGCUGGGUAGAAAGAAGGUGCAGAAGUUGCAUUGAUGGUGGAGUGCCUACUGCACCACCACCAUCAGAAGAGCCAAAGCCAGCAACAGAAGAGGCAAAGAAGUGAGUAUGGUCAUAGAUCAAGUAUUAUCAAAGGCAACAUGAAAUGCCCUUUUUUUUUUUUGUUUUAAGGUAUCAUGAAAUGUUUUUCAAGUAUAUGAGGUGAUGCUGCAUGGUAGAACAGGUCCGGCAAUAUUAUCCACACAUUCAUACUAGUCCUAGGUAGCUUAGUGUUGUAACAGUCAUCUUCAUAUCAUAUAUUUUUAGGGCUAGAAGCAGUACAUUUUAGUGUCAAAGACUAGUGAUUUUUGUAUUACAAUGAUUGCGUAUUAUUAAGUCUCACCUUUGUUUUUCAA